AUGUCUGCCAGCGUGAGCCCCAAAGCGGUGGGUUCCGGCGCUGGUGGUGAUAAUGAUGAUGAUGGUGGUGGUUAUGAUGAUGACGAUGUUUUGGGGAGCCGCGCGCAUGUUUCGUGCGCGUGCGUCCUGCACAAAGUUGCCUGCGCUGACCGCGGCGGUGCCCCCCCCCCCCCUCGUCGGAGCAAAGUCCUCCACCAGGCCAUCUCUUGGAUGCCUCUCUUUUUGAUGUGCGAGGCGGCACGAGCCAGAUCGGGGGCGCUGGUGCAGCGGCCGACGACCGGGCCGCGCGGUCGCAGCUCAGGCAUGCGGAGGAUGAGAAGUUGCCGCGCCAUCACAUCAGCAUCGUCCCUCGGACGAGCCCACGGUCGGGCAGAGGUGUGA